CUCGCCCACGGGAAAUAUACAACGGAGGGAUAAUUACGAAACUAAGUGGAUGAGAAGUGCUACAACAAGCGCUUUUUAAGGUUUCCUGGAGAAUGGUAUAUGGGGAACCAUGAACAGUGUUUCGGAACUCGAAGAUGGACAGCGGAAUAAAGCUCAGACAUUCUGUGAUUGCAUGCCUAACUCUGCUCAGCUCAAGCACCGCUGGUCAGACUCUGACACAGUCAAACAGACUCCACCUCAGAGGACGAGCUGCAGUUACCUCCUGUGCACAAUCCUGCUCUUCGUAGCUGUGUUGCUGGCUGUCACAGUUACUGGCACCAUCCUCCUCAUGAACCACUACCAUGCACCCCCAGUGUCAGAUGGCCCCCCACUUGUCAGCACCAAUCAGGGCGAAGGGAAUGCCCUAGUGACAGUCGACCGUGGUGAUGGCUCUCGCGUCAACAUCUUUAUUGACCCAAACUGCCCUGAUUACAAAAGCAACUUCUUACGCCUGGAGGGUGUGCAGACCUCGCUGCUACAUUCGCUUACUGACCAUGACUCAGACCUUAAAUCGGUCAAGGGUCAGGACCGUGCUCUGCUGGUGAACCUGGCUGAGGAAGUGGCCAAGCUGUCUGCACACGCUGGCCAACUGAGAAUGGACUACGAGUCACUGCGGCGUGGCCAGGGGAACCUGGGACAAGAGCUGAACACCUUGCAGGAAGAGCAGGGUCGUCUCAUUCAGCUGCUGUCAGAAAGCCAGGUCAACAUGGUGAAGGUGGUGAACUCGGUGAGCGAUGCGCUCAGCUCCAUACAGAAGGAGUCAGGUGGCACUAAGUCACGGCUGAAGGCAGAUCUGCAGAGGGCUCCUGUUCGUGGAUCCCGGCUCAAAGGCUGCGCCAAUGGUUCCAGACCUCGGGACUGCAGUGAUAUUUAUGCGAGUGGACAGAGGGAGGAUGGCAUCUAUUCAGUGUUCCCCACACACUUGCCUACCGGCUUUCAGGUCUACUGUGACAUGACCACAGACGGGGGUGGCUGGACGGUGAUUCAGCGCAGAGAAGAUGGAUCGGUGAACUUCUUUCGAGGAUGGGACUCCUACCGGGAAGGGUUUGGGAAAAUCACUGGAGAGCACUGGCUGGGUAUGAGGCAGAUUCAUGCUUUGACCAUCCAGGCCAACUAUGAGCUGCGUGUUGACCUUGAGGACUUUGAGAACAGCACAGCCUUUGCACAGUAUGGAACCUUCGGCGUGGGCCUGUUCUCUGUGAAUCCAGAUGAUGACGGAUACCCGCUCACCAUCGCUGACUAUUCCGGAACUGCAGGUGACUCACUGCUGAAGCACAACGGGAUGAAGUUCACCACAAAGGACCAGGACAACGACCACUCAGAGAACAACUGCGCCUCCUUCUACCAUGGUGCUUGGUGGUACCGAAACUGCCACACCUCCAACUUGAAUGGACAGUACCUGAGGGGUCAGCACACCUCAUAUGCUGAUGGCAUUGAGUGGUCCUCAUGGACCGGCUGGCAGUAUUCGCUGAAGUUCACUGAAAUGAAGAUACGGCCAACUAGAGAGGAAAACAAGUGAUGAGGGCAAGAACAAAAGCCCAAGUGAUGGAUUUAAAAAACACUGGCCAUUAGGUCAUAGCCAGUUAAGACCUUUUCCCCAUUAAACAAGACCUUUUCAUUUGGCUCAGUAUUAUCUUUUGUUUACUGUGGAACUGACAUUAUCUCCAAAACAUUAUCCUAUACUAGCUGUGCAGUCCUCUUCCUCAGCAAGUCCCUUGAUAAAUCAGUAGUGUGAAUUAAACCCAACAAAACAUUUAAAGGGACAUGUUCCUGCCCAGGUCUGUGAAUAUCAUCAGUCACUGGAGCUAGCAGUUGUCUUUACUUUCAUUAUUGAGA